UGGCUGCAUUACAUUCGUAUUCCACAUACCCGACUCUACGUAGAUUCGAGCGACUUUGAGCGAGCCAUCGAAGCGUUGGGCGAGGAAGUUGCUGGGCACGAUAAGAAGUCGAGACACUCCCGCGACGAUGAAUCGAGUCGCGCCUUUGGACAACAUAUCUGUGUGUAACGGGUCAACUCGCCGUCAUUCUGAAUUCCUGUACAGGUGGUUCGUUACCGGUCUCGUUCUCACCAUUGCCGUUCCCAUUCUGGUCGUCUUCCUCGUUCUAUGUAUACUGGUGAUCCUUCCACUAUUCCCGAUAUGUUUCUUGUGGGCUCUACUCCUCUUCGUCUGCAAUAUCCUGGCAUUCUGCAUGGGUAGGUUCACACCACCGUUCGAGCAUACGCCUUUAUCGGACAGACCGCAUGUCAUCCGACUGCUCAAGAUACAGCCCGGCAGGUGGUCAGACCAGAUUGUGUGCUACCUGGAAGAUGGAGAUUGUUACACCUCAAGAUAUGAAGCACUGAGCUACACGUGGGGUUGCGAGUUGGCCUUUGGAACACCAUGCCUUGUCAACAAUAAGAUGUUGCCACUGACAGCUACUCUCAAUCGGGCUUUACGGGCUUUACGCGAUGAAGUCGACGUUCGUACCGUGUGGAUCGAUGCUAUUUGUAUUGACCAGCAGAACGUGCAGGAGAAGAACACGCAGGUGGGACAGAUGCUCAAGGUGUAUCAGAAUGCGCAAAGGGUUAUAGUAUGGUUGGAUGUGGAUUCAUGGGCCAAGCCCGCACUCGAAUCGGUGAAGAUUGCUUUCAACGAUAUUCGACAAUGUCUGGCCGGCACCGAGCCCGACCGCGACGUCACGUCGACCGAAACACUCAAUCUAUUGUUCCGACUGUCCUAUUGGGAGCGGAUGUGGAUAAUUCAAGAAAUCGCUGCCAACAGCAACGUUGUUGUACAGUGUCGGGACUGCAAAAUCGACUGGGAAGUACUCUAUCAAUUUGUUAUGUGUGGUACAGCGAUUUGUAGCCUUCCGGAAGGACUCCGAGACUUCAUGCGACGGGUACAAAUGAUUCGAGACAGCUCCUCGACAGAUCCAGAAUACGGAUUACUGAGCUUUGUUCACGACUUUCGCUACUCCAUGGCAACUGACCCUCGAGACCGGCUCUUUGCACUGCUGGGACUCGUCAAGGGGCCUCAUCAGUUGCCUGUAAAAGUGGACUAUGCCGCAUCUGAGACAGACAUCUGGGGCGACUUCACGAAGAACUGUCUUGACCAAUACAAGAGCUUGAAUGCAAUCGCAAUGGUAGACUCCCUAGACCGCGUCGGCUACAAGGAAAUGGGCCCGACCUGGCUGGCCUCAGGAUUCGGGAACUCAAAUUUCCUUCCCAAAAGAGUGGACGCGAAGACCGUCAGACAGCCACUCUGGCUGGGCACCGAUUCGGGCAGUGAACGCUACGCUGCCUCUGGUGGGCUACACGCCCGAUGCAGAACACGAUUGGUAGACCCCGAGGUUAUCGGCGUCAAAGGUUACGUCUCCGAUACUAUCGCACGCGUCUACGAUGUCUUCAGGAUCACUGCUGACGCCAAAGAGCAAAAUCGCGUCAUCACGCAAUGGUGGACCGCGUUUCAGGCAACGAUUCUGGAUCAAGAAGACGCUGCUCGCGCCUUUGCGACAACCAUCACAGCUGGGGGCAGCCUGGACAAUAACUUCCUACGCACGUGGCUCACAGAGCAUCGAGGGAAGUUACAACCGGACCACGUGGUCAGCGAUGUGUGGGCGAAGUUUACGUCGACCAUACAUUGCUCAAGCAAUCUGCGUCGAAUCUUCGUUACUGAAGGAAAUGUCAUUGGCCUAGCUCACUCCCGAGCAAGAACUGGCGACCAGAUUUGCAUCUUACUCGGCUCAGCCGUCCCUUGCAUACUGCGCAAGUCCACUCACGACGGGCCUCUGGGGCUCGGGCAUCCAUUCAUGUGUUGGACGAGCGGCUGCAAGCGGCGCAAGCACCUCGACUGCUGCAUCCCCGAGCUCCACAGAUUAGUCGGCCAAGCCUAUGUUCAAGGCAUCAUGCACUACGCGGGAGAUCUGGAGCAGGACAUCGAAGACGGCAACAGGGUGUUGACUGAGUUCUUCAUCGAGUAGGACGCGACUCCCGUAACGCCAGCAAU